AUGUCGCCAAGACACCACUCCGCUGCUAUGCUGUCUGCCCACAAGCGCGCAUACCGCCAGCGCCGCAAGGAUCCCAGUUGCGACGCGUGUCGCGAACGAAAAGUCAAAUGUGAUGCUACCGACACGUCGAGCUGCACAGAGUGCUCAAGCAGGAGCGUCAAGUGCCAAUUUACAAAAGAGACUAACCGACGCAUGUCUUCAAUGAAGCACGCCCAAGACCUCGAACGCCAGUUAGAAGAGACUAGACAGGAGAACCGACAGCUUCGCAACAUGCUCAGCGAUCAAGGCGGCGCAACUGCAGGUGCACCAAUGCCACCCCCAGCAACAAGCGUGUCGGGGCCACCCGAAGUCACGCCUAGCAAGCAAAGAAAUAACCGUCCCAUUGUCAUGAACAGCUUCGACAGUGUUAGGGCCAACCUUCGCAAGUUUAGCCAGGGCAUCUUCAAGCCACCGCAUCCGUACAGUCAGCCUACCGUGCAGGUCCUCUGCGCCGACUCGUCGACACCGCUGCCACCGAAGCAGCUGGUUGACAAUUUCCUGCAGAACUACCACACCGUCCUACAGCCUCUAUGUCCUUUCCUCCACUGGCCUACUUUCAUCGACGAAUGCGAUCAGCUAUACAGAAGAGGUACCUUCCAAGGACUGCGCCAGAUCUGGAAGGCUCUCUUUUUCGCAGUCCUGGCAUGUGGCUGCAGCAUACAAGACGCGAGAGGAUCAGCGCACCCAGAUUCCGAGUGUAUCAAGUUCGCCGAGAUUGCUAAGUACUGUACAAAGUCAGUCGACGAUGACAUCUCGCCUGACCACGUGCGCACGUCGCUACUCCUCAGCAUCUGCUUUUCAAACAUGAAUCGUAAGGCAGCCAGUUGGUUCUGGCUUGGAUCGGGUGUCAGAUUCGCUCAGUUAUUGGGUCUGCACCGAGAGCACGGCCAGCUUCCCCAGUUCGAGGCUGAGAUGCAAACCCGCCUUUGGUGGUCUGUCUACAAUUGGGAUAGAAUCUUGUCUCUAGAGCUUGGCCAAGUGCCCAUCAUCGACGAUGGCGAUGUCGACGUGAGCGAGCCAACUCCAGUUGACGAUGCGAGUAUAGGACCCAAUGGACUUGGCAGCCAAGGUGCACGCCCGAACUCGCUCAUUGUCUUUGUUCCAGUCGUCCGCAUCAUCUACCCGCUCAAGAAGACACUCAAGUCACGCACCAUAACCGCCUCGACCCUGAACGCCUACGACGAACAUUUCCGCUCCAUCAUGGGUUCUUGGCCUGACCCGUACCCGAUCCACUCGAACGCUCCUCUCGACCCCGUCUACUUUAGUGCUAUAUUCCUGCUCCAGAUCGCCCGCUUCCACCUCUAUCGCCAUAACCUCGCCCCUCCCUGCCGCCCUCAGGAGCGCAAAGACGCCCUGUACCGUUGUCUUUCGGUUGCCAAAGAUACGGCCGUCUAUCUUCAACGCUCUAUACAAACUUCUCCCGGCCCGCCUCGCUACUCUGGUCAGGCUCUGCGCCCUAGUCCGGAGUGGAACGCACGUAUGGCUGACAUCGCACCUUUCUUCGUUGUUUUCCACUUCUGGCGAUGCACUCUGGUAGCAGCUCUAUGUGGAGACUAUGCGACUGCUAUUACCUGCAUCAUGCCGCUGAGUGCAAUUGGAACCCGAGUUAUUGUCAACCCAGCCUGUGGACGCUACAUAUCAUUUUUCCUAGAUUGCCUUGUCGAACGUGUCCAGAGCGGCAGAGGCAGCCCGGAAAUGCUCGAAGCGGACGAGGAAAUGCUGGCAUAUGCCAGUGCUGAUAUGCAAGGCUCACACGAGACUUCUUGGGCCUGGACUGGUGGAGAAGUAUUGCAGAGAACACUGGACCAUACUACGACUGCUACCGAAGGAGCGACCAGCGCCUAUGACCAGUCUAUGGGAGAAGAGCCGGAAUGGAAUGGAUGGAACCGCGUUAUGGACGUUUUGACCCAACUGCAACAGGAGCAGCACCGUAGCAUGCAGCACCAGGGCCCACCUCCUGCGCAGCCACAUGCCCCUCAACAGCAGCAGCAACAACAGCAGCAGCAGCAGCAGCAGCAGCCACCACAACAACCUCCACCGCCGCCUCAGUACGCAGCACAGCAUAUGCCGCCGCAAUAUGCUCAGCCCCAUCAACAGGCGCCAUCUGCGCCAUAUUUCCAACCACCAAGAGCGCCUACGCCGCACAUGACCCCCGCACCGAUCAAUGCUGGACCGUCUAAUACACCCACACCGGCAGGCACCAGCUCUCGCAUCAGCAUCAAAGAUAUUAUCUAG